AUGGCUGUUUCACCUCCGAGGGUUGGGAAAGGAACUGUGUUCGAGCGAUAUGCUCUGGCUUUUGACCCUUUCAAAUCAACUCAUUGCAAGGUGAUCUGCAUUAGUACCAUUCACAAGCACAAUUGGCUGCACCAGGUGGACGUUUAUUCGUCGGAGACUCGAUCUUGGAGGCUUCUCAAGACGUCUUUCGCCUCCAGGGACAUUGAGAUGCAGUUUGAUGGCAGGAGCAGGGAAGGAGGUGUGUACUGCAAUGGCGCAGCUCAUUGGAUACGAGACGAGAAGGAGCUGCCGAUUAGUGUUGGUGAGGAUGGAAACAGUUUGGUAAGAGAGAAUGCGGAUUUGGUACAUUACUAUGACAUAUCUGAGGAACGUUUGGGACUUGCCAUUCCUAGUGCUCCUGUUGUUGUAAGUGGAUACUAUCCUUCUAAGUUUCCGAAAUUUGAUCAUAGGUAUUUUGGGGAGUCUGGUGGUCAUUUGUGUUUGAUUGAUGUAUACAAGGACCACUCAUCAGAAAAGUAUUUAUAUAAUGAUUGUAAUGCUGAAUUUGAUGUCAUGGAGAUGGGGAAGGACUACUCUGGAUGGUUUGUCAAGUAUCAUGUUGAUCUUAAUCCGGUUGUUGCUGCAUUCCGUGGCUAUUAUGAUCACUUCUCUCGUUUUUAUGUCUUGUUUCUUGAUGGAGAGGGAAAAGAGGAACAAGUUCAGCAGCAGCCCGAGGAGGUUUCUUCAUCUCUUUUGUUCCAUAUUCCUGGUAAGGUCAUAUCUUAUAAUCUUAGGAGUAAGACCUGUAAGACAUAUGUGGACUUGUCCAUUAAGGACUAUUUUCUAGUUGGGGGACAUAGUUAUAGUUACAUGGAGACUUUAGCUAGUCUCUGA